AUGUCCCGCCGUAAGGCCGGCCGCACGCCUCGCCGAGUAGACCCCGCGCCCGCCGGCAACUCAGACAGCGAGACGGAGAUGCGGGACCUGGUCAUCGACGUGAACCCUGAGCCAAAUCCAUGGCCCCUACAGGCCCCGGGGCUGCGGCCCUGUUCCCCAAAGGAAGUGCCCGCGCCGGGGCGGUUCGAGGGCGAACCCCGCUACUCCCCCGACCGGGUGCCCGCCGGCGGACCCCUCCACGCCCUCGGCUCGCGGAACCAGUGUGCGUCGUGGACUCCUCUGAAACCUAAUCCUCACGACCGCCAGCCCUGGACCGACAAACACUCAGAUAUGUUGACCUGCGGCCGCUGCCUGCAGACCUUCCCGCUGAAGGCCAUCACUGCUUUCAUGGACCACAAGAAGCUGGGCUGUCAGCUCUACAGAGGACCCAGCCCUGGCCAGGACUCAGAACUUGAGAACCUGAAGGCCUUGAUCUGCCUCCGCUGCGGCCGACAGUUCACUAGGGCCUGGAAGCUGCUGCGCCACGCCCAGUGGGACCACGGACUGUCCAUUUACCAGACAGAACCUGAGGCCCCAGAGACCCCGCUGCUGGGCCUGGCGGAGGUGGCCGCAGCCAUGUCAGCUGUGCUGGGGCCGGAAGUGGAGGCCAAGAGCUCCCCAAGGGCUGGUAGCCUCCCCAAGCGGAGCCCCACCUGCCCCGUGUGCGCAAAGACCCUCAGCUCCUUCAGCAACCUCAAGGUGCACAUGCGCUCACACACGGGCGAGCGGCCCUAUGCCUGUGACCAGUGUCCCUAUGCCUGUGCCCAGAGCAGCAAGCUCAACCGCCACAAGAAGACCCACCAGCAGCUGCAGCCUCAGAGCCCCUGCAUGGCCAAUGCCAGUCAGGAACAGGCCUCGGCCGCCCCUCCGGAGCCUGCCGCCCACGCUGCUGCCCCAGCCAGCACCCUCCUGUGCAGCCGCGAAGAAGGGGCUGGGGCUGCCGCCACGGCGGGUGUGCAGGAACCUGGGGCUCCGGGUGGUGGAGCCCAGGCUGGCCCCGGCGGGGACAACUGGGGAGUCGCCGUCAAGGAAGAGAAAACCGACUCUGCCCAGGGUCUGGAGACGUCGCCCAAGAAGACGCCAAAGCCGGUGGGCAAGAGCCACGGGCCCGGGGGCAGCUGUGAGUUCUGUGGGAAGCAUUUCACCAACAGCAGCAACCUGACGGUGCACCGGCGCUCACACACCGGGGAGCGGCCCUACGCCUGUGAGCUCUGCCCCUACGCGUGUGCCCAGAGCAGCAAGCUCAACCGCCACCGCCGCAUGCACGGCCUGGGGCCCAACGGUGCCCGCUUCGAGUGCCCCCACUGCCAUGUGCCCUUCGGCCUGCGGGCCACCCUGGACAAACAUCUGCGGCAGAAGCACCCCAAGGCUGGUGAGGAGGCCUGA